AUGAGACAGUACGACGAUGUCAUAUCUUUCCUGGGAACAUGGCAGCCAUUUCAGAGAAGAAUCUUUUUGGCCUUAGCCAUCAGCAUCCUUCCCAACGGUUUUGUGGGAAUCUACAUAGUUUUUGUAGGAGACACACCACCACAUGAAUGUCUGAUUCCAAAGGAGCAUAACAUCAGUGAGAUGUGGAGAAAUGUUACCAUUCCAAUGGUGAUGCAGGAUGGUCAGCUGAAGCAUAGCUCUUGCAGCAGGUACAAUCUGGCCACGGUGAAAAACUUCUCCAAGUUAAAUUACAUCCCGAAUGUGGAUGUGAAUGUUAGUGAGAUAGCACUGGAGAGCUGUCUGGAUGGAUGGAAGUACAGCAAAGAGAUGUACCAGUCAACAAUUGUUACUGAGUGGGACUUAGUCUGUGAAAAUGAGUAUAAAGUUCCUCUAACAUCUUCAUUCCACUAUGCUGGUGCCCUUGUGGGAACGUUUCUAUCAGGUCAAAUAUCUGACAGGUUUGGAAGAAAGCCAGCACUUUUUUCCAUGAUGGUUAUGCAGACAUUGACUAUUUUCAUCCAGAUAUUCUCUCCAAACUGGGAAUUCUUCAGUGUAGUUUUCUUCCUGGCUGGGUUUGGUGGCAUCUCCAACUACCUCAUUGCCUAUGUUCUUGGAUCGGAGAUACUUGGCCCCAGUGAACGAGUAGUCUUCUGUUCACUGGGAGUCUUCUUAAGCUCAGCUUUGGGUUACAUGGCCAUGCCGGCAGUAGCUUAUUUUAUUCGAGAAUGGAGGUGGCUCGUGGUGCCUAUGGCAGCCUCAGGUCUCCUAUACAUACCAUUGUGGUGGUUUAUCCCAGAGUCUCCGCGAUGGCUGCUCUCUCAGGGAAGAGUGGAGGAGGCUGAGGCCAUACUGAGAGAUGCCGCCAAGAAAAACAAAGUCACAGCACCAGAGGUCAUCUUCACUCCAACAGAGAUUCAGGAUGCAGUAGCCAAGCAGGACAGGAAGUACAGUAUUUUAGAUAUUGUAAGAAACUGCAACGUGCUUGCUGUCACGGUUCUCUGCGCACUUUUAUGGAUGAUCAUCACAUUGGGGUAUUUCAGCUUGAUUCUGAAUACCUCUAAUCUUCAUGGUAACGCCUACCUCAACUGCUUCCUGUCCGCAGUAGUAGAAGUACCAGCCUACGUCAUUGCCCUGUUACUUCUGAAGUACUGUUCCAGACAUUUCUGUCAGUCCUCCACACUGCUCCUUGGAGGAGCAGUCAUUCUCCUCAUUCACCUGGUACCUUUAGACAUACCUGAGUUGGCAAUCUUCCUGGAGAUGGUUGGGAAGUUUGGAAUCACUGCGGCUUUCUGUGUGGUCUACGCCGUGACCUCAGAGCUUUUCCCCACGGUGAUCAGAAACAUGGCCAUGGGUACUUGCUCUAUGGCUGCACGCAUAGGAACCAUCAUCUCUCCUUUCAUCAUAUAUCUGGGUACAUACUACAAGUAUUUACCAUACAUUCUAAUGGGAAGUCUUGCUGUUUUUGGUGGUCUGUUCUGCUUCCUCCUCCCUGAAACAUUUGGAAAGGCCCUGCCGGAAACUAUCGAACAAAUGCAGAGCAUUAGAGGGUGA